CUCCGUUGGCAUAAUCCCUAGGUGGGACUCGACCGACAGUUAUACACAGCGCUGGAGGGAACAUGUCUUUUUUCCUGCCAUGUUCAUUUGUGCCUAUCCACAUGCUGGCCCAGCCCCACGGUCACGAUUCACGGAUAGCCGAGUACAAAUAAGUACGGGUUCGUCUGAGAUACCAACGAACGUUUUCCAUGCUGGGAGAAGAGAUGCCGGAUCUUUACGAGGCGGAGGAAUACCAACGGGACUUGUCAGAAAGCUUUCAGACGAAGAAGAAUACCGUUUUGAGUUCUCACGGAAGACCUCCCUGGUAUGGCGAGAAUGGGCUUCCACUCAGCAACGCCUUUGUCAUUGGAAUAGCAGGAGGCUCAGCAAGUGGGAAGACAUAUGUCGCAAGGCAGAUUGUCAAGUCGCUCGGAUCGACCCCUACGGUCGUCAUCAUGUCUCAGGUAUGUGUGCAUGGUUUUGCGGGCACUGCGAUCCACGACGACUACCUCGACUCCCGUGUCCAGGAUAGCUUCUAUAAGCGUCAUACAGAAGAAGAAAUGGCUCUUGCUCAUGCCAAUCAUUUCGACUUUGAUCAUCCUGACGCGAUCGAUAUGGCCAUGUUCGCUGAUUGUCUCGCAGACCUCAAGGCGUGUCGACAGACAAAUAUACCAAUCUAUUCCUUUAAAGAACACCAACGACUCGAUCAGUCCAAGUAUCUCUAUGGUGCUGCCAUCAUCAUAGCUGAGGGCAUCAUGACCUUGCAUGAUCCCAAGCUACGCGACUUGUACGACCUCAAGAUAUUUGUUCAGUGCGAUUCGGACAUCAUGCUUGCACGACGCAUCUCGCGAGAUGUCAAGGAACGUGGGAGGAGCAUGGAAGGUGUUCUUGAACAAUACCUCCGAUACGUUAAGCCUGCCUUCGACAAUUUCGUGCUUCCCACAGCACGGUACGCAGAUAUCAUCGUUCCAGGUUCAAACAAUGCCGUUGCCAUCGAGCUCAUUACAACACACAUUCGAAGUCAGAUGAACGAACGAGUCCGACAUUUUCGACGAAAUAUCUCCUACAGAUCUGUAGACAAAUGUCUGAACUCUCCUAGCGGUAAUCCAGAAGAUUCCUCGCUGACACUCUUGCCGCAGACACCACAGCUUCAGGGAAUUUACACUGUUUUACGCGACGAGAGGACGAGUCGACAAGACUUCAUUUUCUUCGUUGAUCGCCUCGCAACUCUAUUAAUUGAAAAAGCAAUGGAACUGCUUCCUUACAAAACAAAGGUGGUAACCACACCCACAGAUACCGAGUGUUCCGGUAAGGAGUUGGACGUAAAGCACAUUUGCGGUGUUUCCAUUCUUCGCUCGGGAGGUCCUUUGGAAAAGGGGCUACAACGGGUUCUAAGCGAUGUUACAAUCGGAUCACUUCUGGUUCAGACUGACGGGAAGACCGGAGAGCCGCUUUUGCUGCACGUGAUGUUGCCUAAGUGUAUCCGUGAACGACACCUUGCCGUCGAUACAUGGGUGUUUCUGUUAGAUGCACAGAUCAGCACCGCUGCUUCCGCGUUCAUGGCAAUUCGAACGUUGCUAGACCACGGCGUCCAGCAGGACCACAUUAUUUUCGUGACAUUCCUGGUGGCUCGCACCGGUGGUAUACACGUUCUUCAAAGUGCUUUUCCUAAAGUUAGAAUCAUUUGUGGAGCUAUCGAUUCAGGUUUGAGGGAGACGUGGAUUGAACAAUACCAUUUAGAGGGAGAGGGACAAUAUGGAAACACGAGGAAGGCAUGGAUCGUGGAACCGGGGAUGGGACACAUAGGGGAUCGCUACUACUUAUAAUUAUGACUACAAGCAGGACAAGCAACACUGCCUAAUCAAGGGAACCUUGUUGAAUAUCUAUUUCAGAGUUUGGUGUGCCAUUUCACAGGUAUCAUUACCUCAGAGGCUAGCGUUCCA